AUAUCUCUUUUGAAAAGCAUCAACUGUCCAUCUCUUCUUCCAAGCAGAAGAAGAAGAAAAGGAGGUGAAUGCUUUUGGUACAACCUCCACCUUGACCAGAUCUCUUCUUCCCAAGACCUGGAUGGUCAAACAGGCCCCAACAGGCAGAAACGUCCUCAAGGUUAACAUACAAAUAACAGGACAAACACCUGCCUGUGGAACUCUUGCUGAGCAUAUAUGAACUGAACUGCCACGGCUGGAUACUUGUGUUACCUCUUGGGUUUUCGGACUGCUGCGUUGGAUGCUUUCUUCGAUGACACGGCUUCUGUGCAGAAACGUCUGCUCAGGUAUCGAAGCCAUCACUCAUAGCUUCAUUUUUAACAGCUUAACAGAGAGUUCGUCACACUCUAUUUAAAUGAGCCACCAUUAAGACUCAGCAGAGAACUGGUUCCUUAGUGAUGUAUGAAGGUCCAGUAGCUGCAUUGCCCGCUCAGCAGCAGCCUAACAGGCAUAUUCACCCUUUGGGUGAACUGCAAGGUCAAGUUCCUCUCCUGACUCAAAGUUCCAACAACAAAGCGAGAACCAUGUCUGAACCUGUUCCUCUACUACUUUACGCUCCUCCAGAUCCCCUGGUGAGUCAUGCUCAAAGAUGGAAAGAGCUGAAGGUGGACAUCAGUGAAGCAAAUGAGCCCGACUUAAAGCGGAACGGACGCUGUGAAUACAGCCAGAAUUCACACACGGCUCCUGGAACAAGCCGGGACAUGGAGGUGUCAGACCUGGGUGGUCGAGCCGCAGAGUAUUUGAAACAUUGUGGAGCCAUGUCACAGCAACAGCAGGAAGAGAGCACCACACAGGACUGUUUGUCUGGUGAGGUUCUUUCUGCCUUUUCACCAGCCGUGGAUAGUCGACACAUUCGUGUGGCAGCAUCUGUGAAUGCACCAGAGGACUGUUCACUGGAUCUGCUAAGGGUAGUAAAGCAUAAGCCAAGUGCUAUUGUGUUCUGUGAUUAUGACUGUAGCUCUGAUACCUUUGCCAAUGAGAGCUCUGAUGGCGGGGAGUCCUCUUCGUCCACCUCCGGAGAGGGAGAGGGUGAUGACGACGAUGAUGAGGAGGAUCAUUUUCCAGAGAAGUUACAAUAUAAGGAAUUCCUGGUCAGUCGUCACUGUAGAAACUUGAACAGGAACAGGAAGGGCUUCAGGAAGAGGCAGGAUGCCCAGCCUAAAAGCACUGCAUGUGGCUGGCAUAAGCCCACCAACAAGGACAAACCUGAGUUCACAGGUAGCCAGGAGGAACAGGAUACACUACAGAACAAUGGAAAACAGGCUCUUACAUGUGACUCCAUGACCCUGCUGAUGAAAAAGUUGGAUCACCUCAACGAGGGGACACAGGAAGGCCAAAACACCAAUUCCUCCCACAUAGAUGAGGCCGGGGUUGAUGAGGAGCAGCAGACCAUCGCCGGUGCUCCGGCUGCGGGGCGGAUGGCGCGCCGAGUGGCGAGUCAGGAUCAGGGACCUUUCAAAGCUCCAGACAAACAUGAGCCACUGACCAGGCGGCCUUCUCGACCUUUGACCCGCAGCAGACCUCUGACCCGCUCGUCCCUCUCGUCUCCUGCACAUCUCCAUGCUCGACGUGCCAGGGCUGCUGCAAGGAUGACCGGUGGAUCGGCAGAGAUUGAGGCUAAGGAGGCUUGUGAUUGGCUUAGAGCAGCAGGAUUUCCACAGUACGCCCAGCUCUAUGAAGACUCCCAGUUUCCAAUUGACAUUUCUUCAGUGAAAAGGGACCACGACUUUUUGGACCGGGAUCUGGUGGAACCUCUAUGUCGACGUCUAAAUACUCUGAACAAAUGUGCCUCAAUGAAACUGGAUGUCAGCCACCCCAAGAAGAAAGGUGAUGACUCUGAUGAAGAUGACCCGUUGGCCAUCAGUAAAAGAUGGACUUUCGAGUGGAGCAGCCGACGUUGGUCUCGCCUGCAGGACUUCCUGUUGGACAGCACUAAUGAAAGCAGCCCAACAGGUCAGGGGGAGGGCCUGCACAGCACAGUAAGCAGUGAGAGUGUGCUGACAGACCUGAGCGAGCAGGAGAUCACAGAAAUCUCCUCGCUGCACAGUGAGGACUCCGCCUCCGCCAUGCCUGACUCUAUAUCUAUGGCCUCUCUCUCCGCUUCCUACCAGCCACCAAGGGAACUUCCACACUACAACUCCUUGCCAAUUAAGAGCAGCCGCCAUGGACAAGGAGGGAGGAGUAAAGCCAAAGAGUUUUUGCGCCGUAUGGAAAUCAUGCGCACCUGGGGGCCAUCGACAAGGCGGAAAAGCUCAAAUCGCAGGCCGCCACUGGUCAUCAGUGGGCCGGUGUUGCAGGGAGAAGAGCCUCACGCUCUGCAGAUGCUCCAUUGUACUCCAAUCAGCCAAUUAGAACACAGCCAUAAACAAAACCACCAAACUGAUGAUGACACUUCCUCUACCACACUUACUAAUGAAUGUAAAGACCAAUCUGCGGUGAGCAUAAGCCCCAACAGUGAGACAGUAGCACCCACUGUGAAGGAACCUGCGUGUGCAAAGCCCCGCACUGCCAACAAGAGAAGCAGCAUGUAUCUGGAAGAUAUGGAGCUGCCUUCUCAGGGUAAGAGGACAGAGGGACAGAGCCAGUUUGGCAGAAACCAGUUUCGCUCAUAUGAAAACCUCCUAGUUCACAUCCCUAAAGACCAUAAACCAGGAACCUUUCCAAAAGCUUUAUCCAUAGAGAGCCUGGCGCCCUCUCCCGAUGACAGGAACAUUGGCUCCCAAACACAGGCCCAAACGUCUUCGCCCAAUAAUGGCCUGGGUGAGCCCUGGUCUGGUAAACCUCUGUCCAAACCUCCCUGUCCAGGAGCUCCUCGAGGCAGCAGGGUGAGUGUUUAUGACAACGUGCCGGGCUCCCACCUUUACGCCAGCACAGGAGAUCUGCUGGACUUAGAGAAAGAGGACAAUCUGUUCCCUCAUCUAGAUGACAUCAUCCAGCACGUUAGCGGUUUGCAGCAAAUAGUGGACCACUGGAGCCAAAGUGUACUGCCCGAAGGUGAGACAGGGGAGGGGGAGGAGGAGGGGGAGGGCAGGACUACCCCCAGUGAAGGAGAGAGAGAUGGCGUCUCCUUGAAUGACACCGAUUCGACAGGGACCAGUCGGGAGAGGCGGGACUCUGGAGUCGGGGCCUCACUGACAAGGCCGCGUCUACGAUGGCCCAGUUUCAGAACCUCUGAUCAUCUCAACCAACCAGCGUCUUCACUGCAGAUCAGCAGCCAAUCAGCAGGCCAGCUCAGCCUGCUGCAGAAGUUCUCUUUGCUCCGCCUCACUGCCAUCAUGGAGAAAUACUCGAUGUCUAACAAACAUGGCUGGACAUGGUCUGUGCCCAAGUUUAUGAAGCGCAUGAAGGUGCCAGACUACAAAGAGAAGAGUGUGUUUGGUGUUCCCCUCAUUAUUCAUGUCCAGCGCUGUGGUUUUCCACUUCCUCUGUGUUUACAGCAAGCCCUGAGCCACCUCAAAACACACUGCCUGGACCAGGUGGGAUUGUUCCGCAAGUCCGGCGUGAAGUCUCGUAUUCAGGCUCUGAGGCAGCAGUGUGAGCUGUCCCCUGACUCCGUGAGUUACGAGGACCAGUCAGCCUACGACGUAGCCGACAUGGUCAAACAAUUCUUCAGAGACUUGCCAGAGCCUCUGCUAACGAGCAAGCUGGGAGAAACCUUUCUGCAUAUUUACCAGUACGUCCCAAAGGAGCAGAGGUUACAGGCUGUCAGAGCGGCCAUUUUGCUGAUGCCAGACGAAAACAGGGAGGUUCUGCAGACGUUGCUCUACUUCCUACGUGAUGUCACUUCCUUGGUCGAGGAGAACCAGAUGACGCCGAUGAACUUGGCUGUUUGCCUGGGACCUUCGCUCUUCCACCUCAGCAUACUGAAGAACGAGACACUGUCACCAAGAUCAAUCCAGAGGAAGUACACCACGGGCCGCCCUGACCAGAAGGACCUGAAUGAGAACCUGGCUGCCACCCAGGGCCUGGCACACAUGAUCACUGAGUGCCAGCGCCUCUUUCAGAUCCCGGAGGAGAUGGUGACCCAGUCUCGCAACUCCUACAUGGAGGCUGAGCUGAUGGUGCCCCCGCUGGACGAGCUGGGCAAGGCUCAUGAGGUGGAAGUAGACGAGGAAGUGGAAGAGGAGGAUGAGGAAGGAUCCUAUCAUGCACAUCUAGAUAGGCUGGUCCAGAACCUGCUGGAAGAGGUCAAAGAUAAGAGCAAAGGCUGGGUGUCUCGCCCAACUACUGACCAUACAGAACUGGCUUUUAAAAAGGUGGGAGAUGGUAACCCUCUAAGGCGGUGGCGAGUGAGCAUUGAGGUGUCGGCAAAUCCCGAUGAUGUGCUGCAGAGACUGCUGAGAGAGCGCCCCCUGUGGCAGACUGAGCUACAGCAGGAGAAGGUUCUGGAGACGCUGGAUAAACAGACAGACGUGUACCAGUACUCCUGCCGCAACAUGGCACCUCAACCCACCUGUGACUAUGUGGUACUAAGAUCGUGGCGCACAGACCUGUGUAAAGGCUCCUGCGCACUGGUGUGUGUGUCCGUCGAACACGAUGACAGUCCACACAUGGGAGCAGUGAGAGGUGUGGUGCUGGAGUCACAUUACCUCCUUGAGCCCUGUGGGAGUGGGAAGACCAGGCUCACACACAUCUCCAGAGUGGACCUCAGGGGAAGGUCUCCAGAAUGGUACAACAAGGCUUUUGGUCACCUGUGCGUUAAUGAAGCCCAGAUGAUUCGCGCCUCUUUCCAGCCACUGGAUCAGAUGAGCUCCGAGGCCAAGAGCUGAACCCCAGGAAUCUGGCUUUAUCUUGGGUCACAGUUUCAGAGCAGCUAGGCCUGAGAACAAGUGACCCUGGGGGAGGGGGGGGGUGUCUUUUCAGGCUGCUGAGCCAGAGUGGGCUUUAGUGUACCAUACUGUACUGAGUUACAGUCAUUCAUACACAGAAAGGAAAGGACGAGUGUAAUUGUGCAUAGGUGUCUUUAGACAACACAUCGCUACUUAUUUAUCUCAGAAAUUAUGAUAUUUUCCCAGCAUAUUUUUCAAAUAUGAAAGGACUAAUAAGUUAUCCCUUGAAUACCCAUUGAUUUUUUUGAUUUUUUUUUUUUAAUCGGCUUGUAAUUAUGUGCAUUAUUGAAAGGAUGAGGUUUUGAAGACACAAAGCAUUUUUUGCUCUGGGUCAUUUUUCAACUCCUUUACUACUAAUCCAAUACCUUGCAAAAAACAAAUGACCUAACAAGAGAGCCAGCACCAGCAGGCGCGAUCAUGAGAAGGCUUCCGUAGUGUUAGGGUUAAUGUGAUGUCACUGUAAUUGUUAUGGAGCACCUGUCCUUAGCUUACACAUAAAAACAGCUGAUUUAGUUGUGUGUAGGAUCAAAAUGAUAUGAAAGUAACACAAGGAGAAUAUCUGUAUAUGUAUUGAUUAAUUUGAGGAAUCUGUCCAGUCUAGUUCUCUUUAAAAUGUAACAUGACCUGCGAGUGCAAACAUUUGAUUGAUUUUUUUUUUCUCAGAUGUUUUAUUGAAUAGAUCUAAAAAAGUGGUGUGACACAUUGACUCCCAUCUUCUUUUAUCACAGUCAAAAAUAACAUCAUCAACACUGGCAACAUCUGAUAUUGAUCGUAUUCCCUCAAUAGCCACAAUUUUUCAUUUGUCCAUGUAUAAACUACUUUAAACUAGAUCAGCUUUUUUCAACCCGUCCUACAAAGCUGUUAACUUACAGAUAUAUAUAUUUAUAUUUGUAAAAUGCACUUAAUUAUAGAGCCUAGCCUCAUCAAUAGGAAUGACCAGGACCAGUACAAUAUGGGUACAUGUCAGCAUUAACAUUAUGAAAAGUGCACUAGUUCAGGUUAAAAAGUACAGGAGUGACUUGGAUCACAGAAAGGGGAAAGACUCACUGGGUCCAUAAAUGUGCGUUAACUCUGUAAUGGAUGCAUUGUGAUUUAGUUCUCUAUCACUAUUUUCAGUGUUAAUCUUACCUAAAUGUUAUUUUAAAGUUAUUGUUGUCAUUAUAUUGGUGUAUAUGGUAUCACUUCUUCCUUGUUUUGCUGUCAUGUUAUACAAUGUCUAAGACAUGUGACCAUUUCACUGCUUCCGGGAAGCAUGGUUAAAAUGGUGUGUGUGUGUGUGUGUGUGUGUGUGCAUGGAUGUGCCCUGUAUCUGCAUUUUAGAUGUGUGUACAGCCUGUACUGUAAAUAUAUUUGACGCUUUCUGUGCCAGCAGAGCAAACAUCAUAGCUUUUCAGGGUCUUCCUAUCAUAUUGAUAUGCCGAAAUGUGAAAUGUGAACUUUCCACACACCACCCGACUAAAGCAAUAGCAGACUAAAGCUUGCUCUGCCAUAGCACUGCCUUAGCUUUUUUUGUUUCAGCUGUAAGCAGCAUUGCUAUGGUGUUGCUAUAAUACAAUAUCUCUACAGUGCCACCAAGAUCCUGUAUGGAUGCUGUUUGCUGGGAACUAUUGUGUGUGUGUGUGUGUGUGUGUGUGUGAGUGAGACAAAAAAGACAAAGUGUGAGUGAGUGACUCUGACAUGAGCCCUCAGCUGUGUGAGGAGAGGCUCCAAACUUAGAUGAGUAGCUGAGAAAAGGUCUGCUUGGUUAUUUCUGACAAAGUGACAGGACAGAACAGAACUGUUGUUUCUAAACAAGACAAUAAAAAUUCUAAGAAUU